UCCCCCAACGUCCCACUAGGGUUUUUGAAUCGGAGAGAGGGGUUUUUGUCAAUGGGCACUCCAAAGACUACGAAGAAGAGCAAGAAGAAGCAAAACCCAGAAAGCAAAUUCCAUUUUGACCUCAAUCUUUGCUCCAAGAACAAUGAUUUAAGGCUCGCCAUUUCUCUAUACGAAGCUGCACUUUCGAACAAUACCCGUUUCAAUCACCACCAUUUCAAUGCCCUCCUUUAUCUCUGCUCCAAUUCGGUCACUGACCCAUCACUGAAAGAUUUAGCUUUGGAAUAUGGGUUGCGUAUAUUCGAUCACAUGUCGUUGAUCGGGAUCGUCCCCAAUGAGGCCACGAUCACAGCCGUUGCUCGGUUGGCUGCAGCCAAAGGCGACGGUGAUUAUGCCUUUGAGUUGGUCAAGAACAUUAGAAAGUACAAUGCUUUGCCGAGGUUGCGGACUUAUGACCCGGCACUGUAUUGCUUUUGCGAGAAAUUGGAGGCAGAGAAGGCGUAUGAGGUGGAGGAGCAUAUGGGUUCGGUGGGAGUGAGUUUAGAGGAGCCAGAGAUUGCUGCGUUGCUGAAGGUGAGCUCAGAGACUGGCAUGGAAGAUAGAGUUUAUGGGUAUUUGCAUAAGUUGAGGAAUUUAAUGAGGAGUGUCAGUGAAUCCACUGCCAAGGUUAUUGAAGAUUGGUUCUGUGGGGGCAAGGCUUCGAAGGUUGGUGAGGUGAAUUGGGAAGUCAAUAGAAUCAAAGAGGCGGUUUUGAGGAAUGGAGGAGGGUGGCAUGGACAGGGUUGGAUCGGGGAAGGGGAUUGGGUUUUGUGUAGAACAAAUGUUGAUUCCAAUGGAGAGUGUCAAUCUUGUAAUGAGAAGUUAGUUUGUGUUGACAUUGAUCAUGCCGAAACUGACAGGUUUGCGCAGUCUGUGGCUUCAUUGGCAAUGGAAAGGGAGGUCAAGUCGAACUUUAGUGAGUUUCAGGAUUGGUUGGAGAAGAAUGCUGAUUACAAUGCUAUAGUUGAUGGAGCAAAUGUUGGGCUUUACCAGCAGAAUUUUUCAGAUGGUAGUUUUAGUGUUUCUCAGGUUGAUGCUGUUAUAAAUGAAUUGUAUAAUAGAAGUGGAAAGAAAUGGCCUCUUGUUGUCUUACACAAUAAACGUUUUCGUGCAAUUGUGGAAAACCCUUCUCACAGAAAAUUGGUUGAAGAAUGGAUGAAUAAAGGUAUUCUUUACACAACACCAACUGGUUCCAAUGAUGAUUGGUAUUGGCUAUACGCCACCGUAAGUCUCAAGUGCUUGCUUGUGACAAAUGAUGAGAUGCGAGAUCAUAUUUUUGAACUCUUAGGAAGCAGCUUCUUUCUCAAGUGGAAAGAGAGACAUCAAGUUAGAUAUACUUUUGUCAAAGGCAAUCUAAAACUCCAUAUGCCGCCUCCUUAUUCUUCAGUCAUCCAGGAAUCAGAAAAAGGAACAUGGCAUAUUCCUAUAGCAAGGGACAGCAGCAGUGAGCAGUCUGCAAUAAGCUGGCUUUGCAUCAAUCGGCCGAGUGUUUCUAAAGCUCAUGAUGAAGUUGUGAAGACUGCAGUAACUUCCCAAAAUAGUGAUGGUCUCUGCUGCAAUAUUAAACUGCUGGACUCGGGCAAGAGUGUUGAUGGUAGCAAUAUUUUAUACGGCAACCAGGAUUUAUCUCAGAUCUGUGACAAUAACACUACAGCCACAACAGGCAAAAGAAAAGAGAGGUCUCCUUCCCCUUAACAGCUGUAUCUUUCUACCAAAUGAUGUCUGCAGAAGGCCUUUAUGGUGUUCUUCAAGCAUGGAGAUGGUCUUCGCCAAGUAAUAUGGGUGCAUUUGAUUGGCAUCGCUGUAUUCAAAAACCAAAAACAAAACGUUACCUGACUGGUGAGCUAUUAACGCGCCCAAGUUUUUAUGUUUGUGUCCUCAUCUGUUUUGUAUGUUAGUUAUGCAUUUAGGAUGUAUUCUGUCCCUAUUUUGGUUUCCCAAGAAAGCAUUGUAGAAAAUGAAUUUUGUUAUUCUUUCAACUUGAGUAUAGAAGAAUUUAAAAUCGUUACUUGCAGAA